AUGUCUGCUUCACAUAAUACUCAAAAUGGCAAUGAUAAUGCUGUACAAGACGCUUCAGCUUCUAGAGAGGGCAUCCUUGUGCCUCAAGAAUCUUUAUUCUAUUUCAGACCAAACAACGAUUUUCAAAUUUAUCUCGUUUUUUGUAAAGAAAUAACCUCAAAUGAACUUAUAGCAGAAUUGUCUUAUAAUUAUCUUAAUGCAAAUGAAAUUUUCGUAUUUUAUUUUCAACAUCCUUAUGAUCAAAGAAUUUACCAUGUGGAUUGUGAAAUGAUUUCUCAUUCGGCUAUCGUUCAGCAUUUAAACUUGAAUUUUUUUGGAAUCGAAUUGAGACACAAUGAUCAGCAGCAACAACAACCCUUGGAAUUUACUUAUGACCAUAAACAAAACCUUGAAUUUCACUUAAGACGAUCCCUUGUAGAUUAUUUGGCGCCUAAUCAACCUUCCACUUCUCAGCAAGAUAAUAAUAAUCAGUUGGUUUGA